UUGCAAAUGAGCUGAAAGCCGAUUUAAUCGCUGUUAAAAAAAUCAAAAAAGCUGUAAAGUCGCUUUGUACAAGUUUUUCUCUUAAUCCCAACGCCGUGGGUAAUUUGUACAAAAGUCGGGACGAGAUAUUAAAGGAGCUGUUUUUCUAUUUAUUUGGUGGAGAAGAUGAGGAAUAUACUGAGUCUUUGAAAGAGCUAGCAAAUAAAGACCCAUUGUCGAAGAACCUUGUUAUUCUGUUUCGUCGAUUAGCAAAGUGUUUCGUUUCAAAGCCAAGUACUGUCAGGUUUGCAAAGAAAAUCGUCCAUGCAAUUUCGGACCAUACAGCCAAACUUUCCAAUUGGCAGUACCUAGAUAUUCAGACUGUUGUCCAUUUGGAGGUAUUGCACUUCGAGUCCAACCACGACGCCAUCGAUAUGCUGCAAUGUGCAGGAUACAACCAAAGUGCAUCAGCUAACGAGGAUUUGUGGUAUUCAUCAUCCAUUGAGAUGUCUGCGUAUGUACCAGCUUUUCAGUCACUGGAGGAGAGUGUUUUUAGGCAGGUGUGGAAACAAUUAGUGAAACCUGUGUUGUCUACAUUUAACAUCUCUGUUGUGAAAGUAAAUGGUAAAUUAAUGAAAAUAGCCGAGUUAUUCAAGCCGACGGACUCACUAGAAAUGCUUGAUUCCCAGUUAGAAGCUGUUAAGCAGGAAACCAGCUUAAAGAAUAAUAGAGAGCUGCUUCAUUAUGAGAGAUUGAGACACAACAUCGAUGAGCAAGGAAAAAAGGUCAAGAAAAAACCUGGGGAAAAACUGGGAAAGUUAGUGAUAGUCUGGGAAAAUGCCUUUCUGGAGUGCGUCAAAUUGUGCUCUGAGAAAAUACCAGAUUGCUAUGCUCCAAAUGGGUUUCAUUCCGAGAAGCCCGUCAUUUGUGGUAUUGCUGUGGAUAACAGAAUCCUAACUCUGUACAAAGAAGACCACGGUGGUACCCGUACUGAAGUAGAAAACGUUGAAGUAAAGCUCUAUCCAGCUGGAAUGGUGGUGUUUGGUGCGUACCGCAGCAUUCAUCCGUACGACACAGAGCAGAUGUGGGCAGCAUUUUACAAGAUGCUUCUGGACAAACGCUUGGUGCCCAAGAUAGUUAUAACCAAUAUCAGUCCUGCAUUUGAUUGGAUAAAGCAGUUUGUUGCACCAGAAGUGUCUUCACCUCGUGGUAUCAACUUCAUUAGCUGCUGUAAUCUAAUACCUUCCUCAGAGGAUAGCUUUGAUUACGAUCCCGAAACGGAACUCUUGGCACACCACGCUGUAUUGGCUAGCUCUCAGACAAAAGAAUUAAUCAUAUUGACACCAGAAAAGACUGCAGAAUUGAAAAUUGACAGCAUUAGGGCCCCCUUUGCAAAUAGGAAGAUACUAAAGAAGCAUGUAGAUGAAGUUAUCCUUCACUUGAAAGAACAUGGUCAACUUAAAGAGAUGCAUGCAGAGUCACGUGAAUGCGACCAGAUACUUAAGAGACUCAGGACUCCCAUUACAAAAGCGGUUGAGAUUUCCGUCGAUGGAGGUGAACCUACACAGGAAUCGAUAUCAAAAAGCAUUGACAUGAAAAGGCUUCUACCUAAUCGCAGCCAAGAUACCUGUCAGUACAGCAAGGAUGAUUACUCUUCUGUCAUCUUGGAUGCUGUGAACACAGUUACUGGGGAUUUACAAGGUAGCAGGACGUCUUACGAUGGAUGUCAACAUGUUGUAUUUUUACAGCCAAUUCAGUAACAAUGAGAAAAGAACAAAGCGACACAAUCUAGAACAGAACGACACAAAUUCUCUCUGUAUGGUCAAUGAACGUUCCCAUAUUGCUGGGUUUCACUUGACAUCAUUUCCUGUCUCGUGCGGAAUGUUCAUCAGCUGAAUCACAAGUUUUAAAUAGAAUUCUUUCUGGUUGACAGCACAUGGUGGUCAGGUGUUUGACCACCAUU